UUGCAAUACUGUCCCCACACCGCACCGCACUGCUCCUCUGUCACACAAUGUCCACGUGGCUGAUCCAGAUCCCGGAUCGAUAUUGGCGUUGAUUCCAUUGAUUCUCUCGAUAUGCAAUGCUUGUGCAUCGAUGGCGCCAUCGGGCAGACAGAACAUCCGUCUCGCACUACACCGCCGCCCAUCACACCCCACACGCUUUCAUGCACAUCUUGAUUGUCUGUUCGUCCCCAGGCAAGCACGCACUCACACUCCACACCCCCACAACCCUCUUUCGUAACUCCUUGCAUGUCGUCAACGCGACAAGCAACAAGCAAGGACGCCUCUUCAGCUGCUUUCCAAUUCGCGCUCGCUUUCCCCUCGUCGUUAUCAAGCACUUUGUGUUCUUGCAGCUUGCGUGCGCCGGAAACGGUUUCUUGUCGCUGUGGGUGGUGGCAGAUAUCGAGAUACAUGUACCCGACGUGUAUGCAUGUAUACACACAGGGAAGGGCGCGCAACUUGAAGAAAACGGCGCGGAAAGUGCCGUGCAGGACAGGACGCUUUGCGUGGGCAUCCUCCUAGCCGCGCUCGACACAUACUUCCUUUGGAAUCUGGAUCGCUUCUGGGACGGGGCACAAGCUGCCCACAGGUCACGGGCGCGGGAACAGGCACAGGCUGAAAGGCCGCGCAGGAGGCACAGGAAUAGGCCAGGGACGGGCAUGUAACACCCAAAGGAUACAUGCGCAAUGUUUUUCCUUUCAAGUGAGCACCCUACACAGCGUGUCCGUACCAGCGCGCCGCUUGAUGGCACACGCAAAAUCGGC